UAUGUAUGGCUGUGCCUAUUUAAAGUGAUUUUAUGAGUGUUUUAUAAAAACAACAAGCAGAAUGCCGAGAGGUGAGAACAGGCCGAGCGUCCUAUUGUCUCGGGAAGAGAACGAACAGGUGUUUAGUCUCAUAGGUCCAAAAUGUCAGAGUCUAGCGACUGCCGUAGUACAGCUUUUCACCACGGAAGGGCCAGGCCACACAGAAUGGAAGAAAAAGGACACAGGUGUGCUCUGCCUGAUAAAGGACAACAGCAAACGAUCGUACUUCUUCAGGAUCUAUUGCUUAUACAGGAAGAUGAUGAUAUGGGAACAUGAGGUGUAUAUGCAGAUAGAGUAUAAGAGUCCAAGACCGUAUCUACAUACGUUUGAAGCUGAGGAAUACAUGACAGCGUUCAACUUCGCCAACGAAGAUGAAGCCAGAGUGCUCAGGAACAUACUUAUCGAGAAAAUCGAACUGCGGAAACAGAGGCGGGAAGAACGUAGACAGCGUUCCAUGCUAGCAUCGCGCGCUAACAGCUCGGCCUCGAGCACGCCGAACUUAUCCGCUCGCGUGAACGGCGUAGCACACACGCACAUGCCGCCCGUCGCAACGCCCGUACCUGCGCCCGCGCAAGUCAAGAGCAAUACAGUUUCUGGCAGUGGAUAUACAUUGAAAGGCAAGAAACAGAAAGCGCGAAAACUCACAAAGGCAGACAUCGGCGCGCCGCAAGACUUCAAGCAUAUAUCGCAUGUAGGAUGGGAUGCUGAUAAAGGCAGUGGAUAUACAUUGAAAGGCAAGAAACAGAAAGCGCGAAAACUCACAAAGGCAGACAUCGGCGCGCCGCUAGACUUCAAGCAUAUAUCGCAUGUAGGAUGGGAUGCUGAUAAAGGUAAAUAA